GCGGGCAUGGGGCCGGACCGUGCGGGAGUGCGAAAGUGGUUUCUCCUUUGAGCGCAGGGCGUGUAGAUGGCGGGAACCCGGCGCCGAGCUGGGGCGCCGGCGAGGAUGGCGGGGAAGGCUGGGCUAGGGAGCCCAGGGCGACCGCAGGGCCGGAGGCAGCAGGAGCCGGGGAAGCAGCGCUCGGCGUCACGGCUGGGGCCGCGCAGCAAAGAAAAGAAGAAAGUGAAUUGCAAGCCUAAGAACCAAGAUGAACAGGAAAUCCCUUUCCGGCUCCGAGAGAUCAUGAGGAGCCGCCAGGAGAUGAAAAACCCCAUCAGUAACAAGAAGAGGAAGAAAGAGGCCCAGGUGGCCUUCAGUAAGACAUUGGAGAAGGAAGCAAAGGGAGUGGAGCCGGACAUCGCUGUACCCAAGUUCGAGCAGAAGAAGUGGGAGUCCGACAGGGCCUAUGUGCAGCGCAUGGCGCAGGAGGCGCAGCACGUGCUGUUCCUCAGCAAGAACCAGGCCAGCCGGCAGCCUGAGGUGCAGGCGGCUCCCAAGAAGGGGAAGUCGGAGAGGAAGAAAGCGUUCCAGAAGCGACGGCUGGUUAAGGUCCAGCAGAGGAGGGAGGAAAAGGCAGCAGAAAGGCUGGAGCAGGAGCUACUCCGAGACACGGUGAAGUUUGGUGAGGUUGCCCUGCAGCCCCCAGAGCUGACUGCCAAGCCCAGGAUGAGCACAAACAGGGACCAGCCUGGCAAGAAGUCGCUGAUGCUGAAGAUGCUUUUAUGCCCUGGCGGUGUGUCCCAGCCUCUGACCUCCUCUCCGGCCAGACAGCGGAUCAUGGCGGAGGAGAGAGAGCGGGCUGUGAACGCCUACAGGGCGCUAAAGAAACUGCAGCAGCAGCGGCAGGGGGCUCAGUCACCACAGCCACCCCACCUCCGUUCUGGGAAGAGACCAAAGACUCAGCUGUGAUGGUGAGGGACCAGAGACGCUGCACCUGGGUUGGGGGUAGAUGGGCAGAUGGCCCGCAGUCAAGAGUCCUCUCCCUGGCACACAUCCUAGGACUCAAGUGGGGGAGAGGGCUCCUGUUUUUUCUCCCUAAAGACUGCUGUUUCGUGAGUGACCACCCGCCGGCCCCAUGUCUCACACAGGGCGUCGUCUGUCUCCUGAGCCUCCAGAGAUGGGGCCAGUGCCUGGGUGAGAUGCAGCCAGCAUCAUUCCCUUGAGCCUAGUGUCACAUACAGCUUUGUUCUGAAACAGAGGUCCAGGCUGAGACACAACCUAGGGCCACUUUACAGAGGGCCAAUCCCAUAAUCCUGUCCCUAGAUACCAGUUAGUUGUAGACACUGCCGAUUUCGGUUAACUAAAUCUAUAAGCGAGGCUCUGCUGGAUUCGACAGAGCAGUACAGCUAGAGCGGGAGCCAGGCAGCAGGUUGGUGUGGGGAACGGGCGGGGAUCGGCAUCUAGGCCACCUAGACCAGCUCACGGCACUGCUGUCACAGUCCUCGCAGGGCAGGUGGAGCCACCCCAGCUCAUGUUUGGGUGUGGAGACUGAGCCACCCACAUCGAGGUUUGGGGAGGCUGGGUCCUUAUGUCAUCGAGGUCUCUGGGGAGGACAGGGCAGGGCUCUCCAGCAGGUCUAGAGUGGCUUGACAGCAAGGACAGGAGCCUAGCCCAGGACUUUCUUGUGGUCAGAGGGGCCGUGUGAGUUCCUGCCAAGGGCAGGGCCCGGCGAGGUUUGAAUCUCCCACAGGUGCCAAAGGAGGGAGCACCUGGGUUUAUCAUCUUGCUCAGAUGUGGGAUACAAGCAAGAGAAUGGGGAUGGGGCUUACACACUGUUAGCAAUUGAACAUGGAAGGACAGGGGCAGGCCACUCAUAGCCCCGUUGGAGAAGGACAGCUGCCGGGCUCCCUCACUCUCUCCAGCUUGGGCUUCUCUAGCCAGCAAAGAUGGCCUGGACAGCUCAGUCAGCGCCAGGCCUCAGCACUGACAAUCCUAGAGAAUGAGUGGAGUUCUGUGGAAUCUGUUUUGCUCUUCCCCAAGUUUGCAUUUUAUGUAAUGAAGUUUAUUUUUUUGUUUUGUUUUUUUUGCGGUACGCGGGCCUCUCACUGUUGUGGCCUCUCCUGUUGCAAAGUUUAUUUUUGGAUUAAAAAAUUUAAGUUGUGGAAGCUCUACCUGGAAUCAGGGCUGGCACUCUUUCAGGGGUGUGUUUCUGCAUGGCGGGUGGCCCCGGCCCCUGCAUGGGAUGACCAGGCGCUGGUUGCCAUGCAGUAGCCAGGACUUGCCCCCAUCACAUGGCAGUUGGGGCAGGCAGCACAUCUCUGGUUCAAUGUUGGCAUCCUUCUGACAAUAGGGUCCCAAGACAGGCAGGGCAGCAAGAGCAAGGGGUGAGGUGGGGUCGCUGAGAAACACCGGUGUUUCUUGGAUACAGUGCAAGUACAGUAUGAAUGUGGCAAUGAGGAAACAGGUCGUGGUGAGGGAAGUUUGCCUUUGGUCACAUGAAAUGUGAAAAUUACAUUCCCUCAGGCCCUUGUCAGAGUGCCCCUAAAACUGGUCAACUUAGCUCAGGCUGGCUUUACCAUCAGAGAUGUCACCAGGCCCAAUCUCACCCAUCAGAGAUACUGACUAGGCCAGGGGUCACCCCUCGGAUAUGGACCCACAAGCUGGGUAUCACCCCUCAGAAAUGGAGCCCACACUCGGGUCAUCCCUAGAGACAGAACACAGGUAGGAUCAGCCAUCAAGACACUCAGCCCGGGUUAAAGGUGUUGACCUUAAGAAUGGCAUAAGGUCUUUAGCCAAAAUGAGUUUAUUCGGAAUCAGAAGAAUUUCAGUUUAGGACAAGCAAACUGGCAAGUUGGAGGAGACAAAUGGAAGGUCAGCUUUUAUUAGGUUUUAGGAGGAAAGGAGGAAAUUAGGAGGGCCCUGGUGGUUUUCUGUUGGCUGCAAUCAGUGGGUAGCUUGUCACUGGGCCAGACAGAGACCUUCCUUCCUGCUGGGUCUGUGAGCUGUGGUGAGAGAUGCAUGCUUGAGAGCCCUCCCAUCAUAGCUUCCCUGCCCCAUUCUGAUUGAGCUUUCCUUUGCUCAUUUCCACAUUCCCCCCUUUAGAUGAAGAUCUUUCCUUGAGAGCAUCACUGAUCAGUUUUAGUGGAAUUGUGUUUUGUCCCUCAGCACCAGGACCUUUCCUGGACGUCAUGUCUCACAUCAGAGGAAAAGGGCAUAGUGAUUGAAACCAAGUGAGCCCACAUUUGAGUAACAAAGAAGGAGGAACUCUCAGCCAUUUUCACUCUUAAAAUCGUGUCUUUCACUCUUAAAAUCGUGUCUUAUGAAGGUACAGGCAUGGGCAGUCAUCUCAAGGCAUUGAGCCAACAUCAUACUAUUCAUUGUGUCAUUUCUACAGGGGGUUGACAGGCAACAUGUACAAAGUUUAAAAAUGGGGAAUUCCCUGGUGGUCCAGUGGUUAGGGCUCUGUGCUUUCACUGCCAGAGGCCCAGGUUCAAUCCCUGGUUGGGGAACUAAGACCCCACAAGCCACGAGGUGUGGCCAAAACAAAAACAGAAACAAAACAAAACCAUAAAAAAUAUGCAAAGCAGAAUGAAAAAUAAUAUGACAUUUAGUUUGUAUGACGGUUCUGAACCAUGACCCUAGACCUGAAGGUAGCCAGCUGAACAAAUCAAAGGACCAGAGAGAGUCAGGUGAAAUUUGGGCUUGUGUCCUCAUUUUGUGUAAUUGAGUUUCUACUUCUCCAAAAGUGUUUAUCCAGGUAGUAUUUGCAAUCGUACAAAUGCCUCCUUGUUCAGCAAGUAGGAAAUCGAAGGCUAUGUGGUUGUCUAAAAGUAUUUUAGCCAGUGAGUCAAGUGAUAAUUGUCGGGCUGCAGAAUCAGCCAGCUCUCCUGAUAUUAGGGGGAGAUUUCCGAUCACGUUCUCAUUGGCGCUUACUCCAACCCAAGGGGGUUUUGAUGAGAACUGGCCAAAUGGCACAGACUCGUAGCACUUGACCAAUAACGUGGGAUCCCCAAUCACUAUGAAGUUCAAGAAGCGUUCCUCUCCAAUGGGAUCUUAGCCACAGGGGAGGCAGUGGCUUGUCUACGUGGAAAAGCUUCAGUCCACUGAGGAAACAUGCACAUCAUUACCAGGAAUUAUUUAUACCCAUGAGAUGGUGGGCAGCUCUGUGAAACCCACUUGCCAAACCUCGAAUGGUCCAUCAGGCAAUUUGGAGCGCCUGGGAGGGAGCAUUUGUGGACAGUUUUUCUGGAUUUUAUUUUGGGAAUGUGACACCAACCCUGGAUCCAACAGCUUCCCACAAAAUGCUGCAUGAUAUUUGAUAUCAUCGGGCUUCCCUGGUGGCGCAGUGGUUAAGAAUCCGCCUGCCAAUGCAGGGGACACGGGUUUGAGCCCUGGUCCGGGAAGAUCCCACAUGCCG